AGGGUGCACAGAACACAGCCGUAUCCUCAAGUAGCCUCGCGCAAUGGGAAAGUUCCUGAAAGCUGGGCGUGUGGUGGUGAUGCUUCAGGGCCGCUAUGCUGGCAAGAAGGCCAUCGUCGUGAAGGCCUUCGAUGAUGGCUCUAAGGGCCGGCCCUUUGGACACUGCCUGGUGGCUGGCAUCAACCGCGCACCUUUGAAGGUGACGAGGGCAAUGUCCAAGAAGAAGAUCACCAAGCGCACCAAGGUGAAGCCCUUCGUGAAGUAUGUGAACUACAAUCAUAUUAUGCCCACCAGGUACCAGGUUCCCGCGGAGAUGUCCCCGGCCACCAUUUGCACCGACCAGCAGAUGGACACUCCCGACGGCCGCAAGGAAGCGAGGAAGCUGGCAAAGAGCUUGUUCCAAGAGAAGUUCGCGGCACCCCCGGCGGACAAGGCUGGUCGGCCCUCCAAGGAUGUCCUCUACUUGCGCAAGAAGCUGCGCUUCUGAGACGACUUCAAG